GUGGCCGGCCGGGGCCAGGAGCAGGAGCGCGGCCAGAGCCGCCGUGUCCGCCGCGGCCCCUCGGCCGCCCUGCCCUGCCCUGCCCCGCCGCGGUGCCGUCGGAGCGCGGCCGCCGGCCCCGCACGCCAAUCAGGGCGGCCCGCCUGCCUUCCUGUAGGUGUGCCCGGCUCACCUGGAGCCGCGCUCGGCACUCAUGACAUACCUGCGGCCCCGCGCAGGGCGGCGGCGAGGCGGCGGCCGAGGGGCGCCGGGGGGGGUCACCGCUGGCCCCGGCCCCGCGAUGUGAGCCCAGCGCAGCAGGAUGUGUCACUGAUGGAGUCUGAAGAAACCAGUGAGGGAGCUACCACUCCCCCACGAGCCAGCAGCAUCACUGGGGAAGCCUGGGAUUCUUCAGCCGUGGAAGGAGAGCAUCAUGCCACUCACACAGCAGCCGAAAUGAGCACCAGCUCAUCUAACUCUGCAAAAGGACCAGAGCUCAGCACGCCCAAGGACUGCCUUGCUGCUCCAGGGAAAGCAGCAGAGAUGCUGGGCAGGCCCUCUAACUCUAUGCAAAAAGUGCCAGCAGGACUGGAACAAGCCCAAGGGGAUACAGAGCCUCAAAAGGGACUCUCAGAACUGGAAGGAGAAAUGCUUUUAGAGGAGGGUGGACUGGAUUAUUCGCUGAAACUUAGGCAAUUGGAACUGGUUGACCUGGAAACCAACCAGGACCCUUCCUCUCACAGUAGAUUCCAGGAUGAGCCAGCCCCUGGCAGCCCCAUCCUGCAGGCUGUGAAGCUCAGCACUGAGUUUCCUCAGUGCCAGGCAGAACUGGCUUUUCAUGGUUCAGACCCUCAGGCCCAGGAAACUAAAUCCCCUUUGGCUGAUGCCAUUUCCUCUCAGAGAGAGACACCUAAGUGCUUUUUGGUGUGUAAAACUGUUUCAGAAGGACAUUAUAAGGCUGAACCCUUUCUGGAUAACAUCUGCAAGGAUUCUUUGCAGGAGGUUGAUGCUGGUGCAGAGCAGGAGCAAAGCACCAAAAAGUUGGCACCAGCACCUGAUGAGCAGCCUACCUCAGAGGGAGCAGUAGAACCUUACACUAAAGCUAAACCUUACACUUCCAAAGAUGUUCAGGAAAGCUUAAGAGCACCCCAGGGUUUGGAAAAGAAUACAGAAUCUUCCUCUUUCCAUCAGUUGUCUUCCACCUUGACAUGUGACAGCCAAAUGAGUUCACUACAAGCAGAAGGAAACAACUCACCUGGUGAAACAGGGAAUACCAGCAUGGUCAAAGACCAGGGAAUGGUUCCAAAAGAGACCUCAUCUGCUUCCAAAUGCCUUCAUCUAGAAGAUGAUAGCAGCAAAACUGAGGGCAGACCUUCAGCAGAGAGUGCUUUCCAAGGAAAGAGUGCUUCUAAAAGGACAGAGGAAGUGGCGUGGCAUAAGGAGCCAGCUUGGGAGGAGGCAGUGUCUGAACUUCAGCAAGAAGAGGAGGAGGAAGAGUGCAAAGAGCAGAAUCUGCCAGAAGAAGGCAAACCUUUGGAGCUCAAAGAUCAGAAAAGCAAGGAACAAAAUGAGCAGGAGCAACUGCAGAGAGAAGAGCUCAGACUGGGGGAAGAGCUGAAACUAGAGGCUCUAUCAUCAGCUUUUGGGUCAGAGAUACCUUCUGUUUCCAGGCAUAAUGUGGAUGUGUGUGGUUUGGAGAAUGCUUCCUUGUCUGAGCAAACAGGAUCAGUAUUUCCUCCUGGGGAACUUGUCUCUGUGGAUCAGAAUCCUGGUGAGGACGUGCUGCUGAAAGCUCAUGUCACAGAAGCAGGUUCUGGAUGUCAGUCACCUGCUGUUGGUCCUCUGUCCUCAAAUAACCGCAACCCAGGGGGGGAAACUCCACACAUGUGCCAUGUCUCUGACCAAGCAGAAGACCUGGAGGAUUCUGGCCGCUUUUCCAUCGGUGGUCAGGAUAUUGGAGAAACUCACUGGGAUGGUAAGACACGAUUGAGCAGAGAGAAUGAGCACAGUGAUGGUCAUGGAAAAGCUGUCCAGAGGUUUGAUAAAAGUGAUGCAUCACUCUGUGGAGGGGUGACAGCACCUUUCAGUGCAGAGAACCCAGAGUCUCUUGUUCCAGCACACCCUUCCUCUGGUACCAGUAACUUGGAGCCACCUGAUCCCAUAGAUCUUAAUCCUAUAACAGGAAAAGCUGAGCUUUGGGACUUCAUUCCAGCUUCCCCCUCAGAGAUCACCUCAGUGGUGUCAGCAUCUGUUCCAGAGCAGGAGGGUGCCAGAAUACCCUCUGUGACCCCCGAGCACUGUCCUGGUACCAGCCUGAACGAGCUGCCAGACUCUGCAGGGAAGCCACCCAACCAAGCUGCUCCUGCACAAGGGUGGGACCCAACACCAGCAGAAACCACUGUUGUAAGGACAGGUGCAAGGGAGGCCAAGACUUCCCAUGAACUCCUUACUUCUGAAGAAGGCUUUAAUGAGGACCUUAGUGAUCCAUCUUCUUUCUCUGUAAUGUACACAAGUUCCCUUCCUCUACAAGGAAACUUUCCUGGGGAUAGGACGUCUGUGGCUAGUAUUGCAGGACCUCUGGAAGUAUCCCAAACACCAGGAAGGACUUCCACUCCCCUGAGCCACCCAGAGACAAUUCACCAAAUCUCUCCCCAAAAAAGUGCCAUUAUACAUGGAAAAGAAAUGGCAGCAGAUGUGGAUCAUAAAGCACAAGUGCCUUUAUUUGAUAAGCCUGAUUGCAGUUUAUACCUAAAAGAGCCUGGAUCCAGAAUUUCCAGUGUCCUGAGCACCCUAACUUGGCCAUCCGAAGAUGAUACAGUCCUUGCUGUGAACCAGCAAGGACAACCUCUGUCCCCUGUGUCCCACUCAAGCCUACCUCUGGUGUCUGAGCCUGAUGCCAAACAGCUUCCUCACCCUCCUUCCCAUGUCCAAAGGCCCAGUCAAGCUCAGGCCCCUGCACUCCAUGCAAAUCACCUUGUUCCACCUCCAGCCCCUGAAGCUGACCAGCUGCUGGCUCCUGGACCGCACUCCAGGCCCCGCCUCAGAUGUGGGAUGGAUGAUGGUAAGCUGGGAGCCAUUCACACUGCUGCAAGCCGUCCUCUCCGGACUGCUACCUCUGCAAUUGAUGCCAACUCUGUAGCCUCUGCUUCUGAUGGAGAAAGUCUAGCAGAGAGAGACGACCUUGUUCCAGUGAGUGGAGAGUGGGAUCUUGGUGACUCAGGUCCCCAUGAUACAGAGACUUCUGAUGACUCAGGGGUCAGUUUGCUGAACAAAAGUUUUUUGGCUCUUGGAAACGAAAUGUUGGUUGGCUGCUCUGACACCAGCCCUGAAACAGCAGAUCACCACAUGGAUAUAGAGAGUGGAAAAUCCUCACCUGACCACCCUUCUUGGCCCUCAUUGGAAGGCCUGAUAACAUCCCCAGACUCCAAAAGCAGAGACUCUGCACUUCCAAUGCUUGCAUUCACCAAUCCUAUCCACUUCCUCCGUCUCAGCCCUCCAUUGCCGCUGACCACCAGAACAACCUGCCAGGACAAGGAGCUGCGAUGGGAGCAGCCCGCAGGUAGCUUCGGUGGGGACACAAAGAACAUCCAGGCUCCACUAGCAGUCACAGAGAAAACAGAAGGUGAGAGGAGGGUCAGGCAAAGGCUGGAAGGAGGAGAACACCAGCCAAAGGAAGAAAAGGCCAAACAUGCACCCUUGGAAAAAUCAUCAAGUUGGCCAGACAAAAAAACUAUUGGGGUAGCUGUGCAGGACCCAGCAGCCAAUCAAGAAAACCCAAUUAAAAGCCGAGUAAAAACCAAGGACUGGCAUCGUCAGGGCCUGAAGAGGAUGUCAGUACCACCAGACAUCUUGCAGCAGGUUUCUUCUGUUCCUUCAGAGGAAGAAGCUCACAAGGCACACAGGGAACCACCAGUCAGCUCAGAAACAGUUAUAAUGCGAGAGAAAAAAUCUGCAGACACAGCAGAGAACUUCAAGCGCCGGCACUCCAAACUGAUCAACUCCUCAAGAUUGCUGUAUCAGGAGUACAGUGAUGUGGCUCUGAACAAGGCCAUCCAAAGCCAGAAGAGGGUGGAUUAUCCAGAGGAUAUAGAGUCAAGUUUCCCAAGUUCCCCGAGGCUACGGAGGAAAGUGCUGUCUCCCCAGGACUCAUAUUUGCAACGUCUGUCAGUCUCAUCUAAUGCAUCCCUCUGGCAGGACAUCCCCAUGGUACGGGGCAGCAGAAUGCUGCUUAACAUGUCCCGUGAGGAACAGAGGCUGCAAGAGGCCAAGUUUGAGCUGAUAAUAUCUGAGGCUUCCUACCUGCGCAGUUUGAAUGUGGCAGUGGAUCACUUCCAGCGCUCGGCAGAGCUCCAGGCGAUGCUCACCAACCAGGAGCGCCAGUGGCUCUUCUCGCGCCUCUCCGAUGUGCGCGAUGUCAGUGCCAGUUUCCUCUUUGACUUGGAGGAGAAAUUUGAAGAGGACAUGUUCACCUUCCAUGUGUGCGACGUGGCUCUGAAACAUGCCCCCGACUUCCGCCGGGUGUAUCUGCCAUAUGUGACAAACCAGACCUAUCAGGAGCAAACCUUCCAGAGGUUACUAAAUGGAAAUGCAGGGUUCCAGCAAGUCCUGGAGAGACUGGAAAGUGAUCCAGUGUGCCAGCGCCUCUCACUUAAAUCCUUCCUCAUCCUCCCUUUCCAGCGCAUCACUCGACUCAAACUCCUCCUACAGAACAUCCUGAAAAGAACUCGGCCCGGGUCUAAGGAGGAAGUGCAAGCAACGCAGGCCUAUGAUGCACUUGAAAAGCUCAUCAAGGAUUGCAAUGAGAAUGUCCAGCGCAUGAAGAGCACUGAAGAGCUGAUCUACCUCAGCCAGAAGAUUGAAUUCGAGUGUAAGAUAUUCCCACUCAUCUCACAGUCAAGGCGACUUGUGAAGUGUGGUGAGUUGACAGCACUGGACUUCAACAACCUGAGUCCAAAAUGGAAAGUCACGACCCGGCCCAUCUACCUACACCUUUUCAAUGACUGUCUGCUCCUGUCUCGGCCCAAGGAGGGUGGACGUUUUGUUGUGUUUGACCAUGCUGCUUUCUCUUACGUGCGCGGGGAGAAGUGUGAGAUGAAACUCCACGGGGCAAACAAGAAUCUGUUCCGUCUCUUUCUGCUUCAGAAUAACCAGGGAAAAAGAGUGGAGUUCUUGUUUCGGACAGAGACACACAGUGAGAAGCUGAGGUGGAUCUCUGCUUUGGCUCCUCCGCGGGGAGAACCGGACCUCCUGGAAUGCCCUGAUGCACCACAGGUUCAGUGCAUAAAGACUUACAAGGCUCGGGAGAACGAUGAACUGGCUCUGGAGAAGGCAGAUAUCAUCAUGGUUAUGCAGUACAGCAAUGAUGGGUGGAUAGAAGGAGUAAAACUCUCAGACCGGGAGAGAGGCUGGUUCCCCUCGGAACACGUGGAAAACAUCUCCAGCAAACACGUACGGCAGAAGAACCUGAAGGAGGAGCAACGGGUGAAGAAUGCCAAGCAGCAGGUCUUCUGCAAGAAAUAAGACUCUGUUUGGACCUGUACAGUCUCCGUGCCAUGGGGAAACCAUGGCUUUUCCAUUGUGCCUCAGAAGAAAUGCCUCUGCAAAGAGCAUAAUACACAGCACUUUUCGCCAAAGAAAGCGGGAAUUCAAUCAGGAAAGACUUCCUCUGUGUCAGCAGGACUAUGGCAGCAAGAGGAAGGAUAAAGGUUGCAUGUAUUGCUUGCUUUGUGGUAGUAGGGAGGGACUUAAAUCGGACAGAGGUCUGGGGUCUGGACUUCUGGAAAUAUAUUCUGGGUUUUGCCACUGACAAGUUGCGGGACCUUAUGCAAGUCACUUCAGAGUUCUGCCUCAGUUUUGCCAUCUGCAAAAUGGGAGUAAACUUACCUACCUCACUGCAUGUUGUGAGGCUAAAUUCACUAGUAUUAGCAGCCGGAGAGCUUCGAGUUCCUGGGAAGGAAGGUGCUAAGUGCAAAGCACAACAGAGCUGAGGAGAAUAUUCUGUUUGAAUAUCCUCUGGAUACCUUCAUGGCGUUGAUCUCCAUAGUGUAAUUUCCAUUUUGGGCAAUUUAUGUAUUAGAUCAUGCAAGUCUACAGGGGUUUAGAUAGGCAAAUAUUUCAUUGUACCCAAAUGCUGUCAAAGAGUCCUUGACAGCAUUACAAAAUCUGUUGGAAUUAAGCAGAGUUUUCAGAAGACACUGUGAUGAUUUCCCCCACAUAAGAAGUAUCAUGCUGAGAAAUCUGCUUUACAAAGGUCACCUCUCUUCUGAGCAAGCAUCCCACCAAGCCAUCUGAACUGACUUUUUUUUUUUUUUACUCUGCCUCCCCCUGGAAGAUCAGUGACUUUUGACAAGGAUUUAUAUUUCAUGUUGGUACACGCCCCGUACAAAAUAACCAAGACUAGGCACAUGCAAUGAAGUGGCACUUUACUGCUGCUCUUACUCUGAUUGCUGAUGUGGUAUUGCAUGCACCAUUUUGCACACUUAUGGAGAACACCGAGAUAUUUAGCCACUGUAGAUAAAGGCAAAAUAUGCACCAGGGUCUUUGUUCUUUUAAGGACUCUCUGGUUUUAAGUCCAGUUUACAUGCAUUUGUGCAGAACCUGUCUAUUUGAGGAUAUGCCUUCAAGUGUAAAAUACUGUUUCUGUGUUAAAGUGUUCAGCUCAGUCAAUGCAAGAUCAAGUUUAAGAAUCAACACACCAAAGAAAGCCACGUGUAGCCUCUUGCAUUUAAUAUAUUUGAAGAAUUAGUUACCUUUGUAUCUCCAGCUUUCUGUCUCUGUAACAUUCUGCCUUUAAAUCCCAUUUACAUUGUAUCUAGAAUAGCUUAUUAUGGCCUAUUUAUAUCAAUAAUUUUAGCUGGAUUAAAAGAAAAAAGUUGCUUUUAGUCCUAAUAAACUCAUGCACUUCUCCAGUUAAAAAGCUUUCUGCUUGCCUUGUUACUUAGGUUUUCCUCUCAAGUGUAAGUAAUUCAAUUUACUGAAUAUAUAUGCAGUAUUUUUUGUUAUAAUUUUCCUUUCUAAGUGACUGGUAAGUACAAACAGUUCUCUUUAGCAAAGGCAGUGAGGAAAGCUGGAUUUAUCCAGCCUUAAGGUUCUUCAGUAUUAUCCCCAGCCCUAGAGAGCUGAUGCUGCAGCUCUUCCACAGUGGUGUUACUCAUCCAUAACCGAAGUAAGCUGAAGGGAUGAACUACAGAAAAUGGGAGUCCAGCCCACUAGAGCAGAAGGACAGGACCCAGUUAUUCAAUUUGUAAUCUAUGGUCAGACAACAAUCUGCUAACACUUCCCCCCCACCCCCCAGAAGGACUGGAGCUGGUCUCGAGCUAAAAGCCAAAGCUGAGCUCUACCUCAGACUCACAGAAGGAAGGUUAUAAUCCUCCACAAGACCCAGAAUAUUGAGAUAUCCCAAAUGCCUGCUUUUCUCCGGCUGUCAUGAAUUUAUGCAGUUCCAAAUCCCCAGGAUUGUCAGUGUCAGGUGGGACACAGAACACUACCAUGGGAUCAGUUCAGCUGUGUAAGGUCAUCUCACACAGGCAGUUGAGGCAUCCCACAUCCACGUCAGCUUCCUCCAGGAGGAGCCAGCCAUACAUAUUGCCCUUCUAAAUUAGAAGUCAUGUUGUUCAACACCUCAGGUUGAGAGUUCUUUACUCUUUCAAAUUCUGCUCUUGAAGCAAGCAGUAGAUUGUUCAUUAGAGCCUCCCAAAGUGGUUUCUAUGCUAAAUUCUGUAUUGUUAAAAUUCCACUUGACAUGGGAAACUUCAAGGGUACUGUUGUCAUGAUUGACAGCAUUUCUAUACUCUUUUUAACUAGUUGGAUCAAAGGUUAACUUGUCCCUGUCACAGGUACAGCCUUUAUUUCCUGAUGUCAGGCUUUUGUAUGUUGAGGAUCAUUUCAAGGUCAGCUUAGCUUCUAAGAACAAGUGCUUAAACACCAGGUUACUUUGAUUUCUUACAUUUCAGACAGGCUGCAACGUCUCACUGUUUAGUUAAACUUUUAGCCCCAUCCUGCCACCAAAAUCCAUAAACAAAUCUACACUGAAACUGAUUGAUGUAUCUUUGAUUUGUAUAAACUUAAUUAAACUAGUACAAUAUCCCUCCCAACUGCACAUUCACAAUACAGGAAUCAAGUGAGCAGAGUGCAUACUGUGUCCUAUGACAGUCUUAAUUGUGCCACGAUUUCUCCCCAUGUUAUCUAGUGUGGAUUACCUGAUUUACCAGAAAAUCAAUAUUAAACAGAAGCAUAGCAUAUGUCAUGCAAAUCCCAACACUUUCCUGCUAUUGGCCAAGAUUCUGUGAGAGGUGCCACUGUAUCUUCCCCAGGAACCUGUGGAGACUGACACAAAGUGUAUCUGGACAAAACAAAUUCAGGAUUUCUGGAAAAAAUAAAUAAUUACAGACAACCUUCAGAGGGCAGUUACACUAAUUUCUUUUUGUGAAAAGGACAGCAAUGAAGUACAAGCAUGAGCUGCAUGUACUCGUGUCAAGUUUUGUAGAGAAGCUGAGAAGUCAGGGUGUAUGUCUGAAAAUCAAAUUUUAUAAUGGCUGACAUUUUUCAUAUAAAGUAGUUUAAUAUAUGUAUGUGUGUGUAUAUAUAUAUAUAUAUAUCCAAAAAAACCCCAAAAACUGGUGCUGGAGACCUGUGUUGGUCCCUCCUCAAGGAAAAUAAAUGAAAGCAUUUUCCACAGUUCUUAUUAUUUUCACCAAAAAAAAGGUGAUAUUAGGACCAGAGUUCAGUAAAUAAACACAACCUUGCUCAGAAACUUUUGAAGCAGAUAGUGAUUUUUGUAUUUGCAUUUUUUUCUAAUAUUGAAGAGGUCCCAUGCCCCUGCAAGAUAUUGUGUCUUGUCAGCUGAAUCCUGUUAACAAAUUAAAUGCCAUUUUAGCCCCAACUUCUUGCAGCUGAUGGCUGAACCAGGUGCACCGUUAGACCAAUUAUACUGGCUCCAAAAUGUUGGCACAGAUCUUUCAGCUUACACUUGUUUAACCUGAUGAAACGAUUCAGGUGAAAACAUGUGCAAAAGCAAGGCCUCAGAAGCCAAAAGUGAAGCUUGAAAUAAAGACAGGAAUUUUGAGCCAAUAAACAGGAGGAGGAUGAAGGAUGUUCUGUUUUGGUGCAUCAGAACACAAGUCUCAUUCUUCAUGCAAGCAGUGCCUGGUGCUGCUCUCUUAGGAGCCUUCUUUUUACUAAAAAUUGUUAAGCAUUGAAAGGACACAAAUUACAGCGCCCACAAGUCAGGAAGUGCCAUUUGUUCCUUGCAGCCCCCAGCUGCUGAAGAACCAGAAGCUGCUGGACACCUAAAACAAAUGUGUUCCUGCCAGGCUACAGGAAAAGAACAGAAUCACAGAAUUCUUAGGGCUGGGAGGCACGUCUAGAGAUGGUCUAGUCAGAGUCAUCCAGAGCAUGUGACACAGUAACAAGACGAGAUGAGUUUGGAAUGUCCCCAGAGAGGGAGACAUCAUUCCCUCCCUAGGCAGCUAUUCCAGGGCUCUGCCAUU